AUGCAAGCACCACCGCCACCGCCGCCUCUGCCUGAGCCCUCAUCUCCCGCGAGGACCGCCGACAGCAGUGAUGCCAAGUCAAAACGCACUACCAUCGCUUGCCUGACCUGCAGGAAGCGAAAGAGCCGCUGCCACCUCGAGUAUGAGAACGACAAACCGAAGCUCCCGUGCGAGCGCUGCAAGGCUCAAAACCUUGACUGCGUCCUCGGAGGCUCCAACCGCGGUGGCCGGCGAGUAAGAAGGAAAACGCUUACCGACAGCAUCGGCGCCACGCGCAACCUUACAAGCGCCUUCGCUGUUCCCAGAGACAAUGUAGCCUUCCAUGGCCUCGGGAACAUGGGCACCACCACCACGCCACCGUUGGUCCAGCGGAUGAGCUUCCCGAGCCUCGAGCCCAACCCCCCUCGGCCGACUCAAGAAGACGCUUCCGCCCAAGCCGCAGACACGACUCCUAUGGAGUUCGACAACCUUCAGAACCCCUCGGAUGCUCUAGGCAUCCUGGCCCGCGUCGCCGAGGAAGACACGCCCGCUGCUGCCCAGGAUCGGCCCAGCUUUGCGCGCCCAGUCGACCCGGGCUUGCGCGCGUCUCCGUAUCGGCUGCUUGCUGAUGGCAAGCUCUCGGUGAACCAGAUCGUCCAGCUCAUCCAGCGCUACCGUAAUCUGUACCAUCCAUACUAUCCCCUCGUGCCUCCGCAUGUAUUCGACCUGUCGCGGCUCCACGAGAUAGCCUCCAAGGAGCCGCAUCUGCUGACGGCCGUCCUCGUCAUCGCAUCCAAAGAUCUUGUGGAAGAAACACACAUGUACGAGAUCUGCGCAGACCACAUGAAGAGCAUGAUCUCGGAUCUCGCUGCUGGUGGCCCUGGCGAUGUCGACGCCGUCGAGGGGUUGCUGUUACUAGCCGAGUGGGCUCCUUUCACGCAGAGGGCACAGUCCGGCAAAGUCGGCAAGGGUGAAGAGGAUCGGGAAGCCUGGAAUUCCAGUGGACUGGCCCUCAGGUUGGCGUACUUCAUCGGCCUGGAAAAGUACUCGUUCAAGGUGACGGAUGAUGGCAAAGACCCACAAUUCAGUCGCAAGCUUUUGGUCUGGACGGCGUGCUACAUAGCAGAUCGCACCAUUUCCAUCAGAAUCGGCAAAGCAUUCUGGUCGCGAGGACCUGGGCCGCUGACCAGUCUUCGUCGCGAGCACUACCCUUCUCUUCUACCACAGACUCCCAAUGAUGAGGACUACGCAUCUAUUUUCCAAGCAACACUCGAGCUGACCUCUCUUUUCAGCAAUGUCCACGACGUGUUGUAUUCCAAUGUUGGCACCUCCUUCCGCUCUCACUUGAGCGGAUCUUACAUCAAGUUCAUUGACGACUUCCGCGCAGCUAGCUACAGCUGGAAUGCGGUCUGGGGCACGUUGACAUGCUCGCCAAAUCUGAAAGCCAUGCUCCUGAUGUCAUACAAUUACCUGCGAUUGUACGUGAAUGCAUUUGCAUUCCAGGCGACAGUGCGCAGGGUACAAAGCACGUUAGCAGAAGAGCGAACUUCUGCGACGAGCCCGAUGAUUCCACAAUCGCCUUCCCGACUGUUUUAUAACAACGUCGGGGCUGUCGGAGACGCACGCUUCAUAUACGAGGGUCUCGACGCAGCAAAGGCAAUCCUAACGACUUGCAACAACUUCAUCGACCCAGAAAAGGCGCUGCGGUUCAUGCCCCUCCGGUUUUUCCUCUACCUCGUGUACUCCGGAGUCUUCCUAUUUCGAGCGAAGAUUGUCGGCGUAAUCGAAGGCGAAGAGGAGCGGGGCAUCCGACGCAUGAUCGAUGAGACGAUUGACCGACUGCAACGAUCAGCAGUUGGAAUGCAGCACCUCGGCAGCCGCUACUCGCAACUUCUCAAGCUGCUCUGGGAAAAGGCUGACAACCACAAGCCGCCGGGACGCGGCAGCAGAGACAGUCACAUUGGACCCCACCGCAGCCACUUUGGCGACGGAACUGCAGCGGCGGGACUGACGCAUGCCACGCCGGCGGCGUCGUCACAGGCAGGCAGCGGCAGCAUGGGCGAGAGCCCGAUGGCAAACGCAAACAAUAAUGCAAACGUCGAGGGCAUCGGCGACUUCACCUGGACCGAUUUGAACACGAUUGGCGAGUUCGCGGUUAGCCAAGGGCAAUUGACGGGGAUGGACGUGUUUGGGGGCUUCUUACCGCUGGAGGUGGGAAAUGUGUGGGAUAUGGGCUCGUUUGAGGGCGGUGGAGAGAUGGCGGGGAUGGCCUUCUGA